GAGCAGCUGUCGCUUUUGACCUAUCGGGGGGCGCCGGGCGGGCGUAACGGAACCAAGGCGGCCAGGUAGCUGCUGUGCUGCUACGAGUAGUAAGCACUAUAUAUAUAACGGGCAACGGCAAAGCCAUCGUCGUCGUCGUGGAACUCGUACUUGCGUGCGUGCGCACAAGAACGCGGGUCAGAGCUGCUGGCGGUUGGAGGAGCAGAGGAGAUCGCUGUGCGGGCGGCGAUGGAGAAGCCCCGGCAGGUGGCGCGGAAAUUCCUGGCCCGGCCGCAGCACGAGGGCGCCGGCGCCGUCGUCCGCCGCAGCAUCGGCAGGUUCGAGCUGAGGUACUUCGACCCGUUCCUUGUCCUCGACGAGUUCACAGUUUCUGCUCCGGCCGGCUUCCCCGACCACCCGCACCGAGGCUUCGAGACCGUCACCUACAUGCUUGAGGGCGCCGUGACGCACGAGGACUUCGAGGGCCACCGUGGCACCAUCAAGGCCGGCGACGUGCAGUGGAUGACGGCCGGCCGCGGCAUCGUGCACUCCGAGAUGCCCGCCGGCCCCGGCACGUCCAGGGGCCUGCAGCUCUGGGUCAACCUCUCCUCCGCCAACAAAAUGGUCGAGCCCGGGUACCAGGAGAUCCAGAGCAAGGACAUCGCGUGCACGUCCGACGGCGACGGCGGCGUCACGGUGCGCGUGAUCGCCGGCCACGCCAUGGGCGUGCGCUCGCCGGUGCGCACGCGCACGCCGACCAUGUACCUGGACUUCACGGUGCGCCCGCGCGGCGCGGUGCGGCAGCCCGUGCGCGCGUCCUGGAACGCCUUCGCCUACGUGCUGGAGGGCGAGGGCGUGUUCGGCGCCGAGCGGUGCGCGCCCGUCGGCGCCCACCACCUGCUGCUGCUCGGCCACGGCGACGGCCUCGAGGUCUGGAACAAGUUGCCCGACCGCCCGCUCCGCUUCCUGCUCGUCGCCGGCGAGCCCAUCGGGGAGCCCGUCGCGCAGCUCGGCCCCUUCGUCAUGAACACCGAGGAGGAGAUCGACAUGACCGUCAACGACUUCGAGUGCUACGCCAAUGGGUUCGAGAAGGCCCGCCACUGGAAGUCGCAGGCGAUGCUGGCGCUUGGCGUAGAGUAGGGCGAGACAUGAGCACAGGAUCACCAAAGAAAACGAAUAGAUUUUUUUUUGCUUCUUUUUUCCCCAUUAUUAUCGUUCCGGUUUGUUGCGUUCAAUUUUAACCCCCAACAUUGGAUCGCUUUGUGUACAUAUCUGCCGUAAAUUAUUUUUUUAUCAAUAACGAAAUUACCAGCUGUUCAU